AUGCUGAGAAAAGGCACCACGUUGAUUGUCAAACUGGACGGUCAGCGGACCUUGGCCUCCGACCUCGCCCAGGCAGCCAUUUACCAACUGAUCGAACAGGAGCGGCAAAACCCAGAUUGGGCAUUCACCCUGGUCGUUCUGGCCUCGUUCGACAUACCAUGUUACCACGUCCUCGGAAACCUCGACCUCCCAUGCACGGUCUUGGGCCACGAUCUCGAGGACCCCAAGUCGGUCGAACAAGCACUUAGUUCCCGCUGCUACAACCUCGACCCACAGAUCGACUGGGAUGCAUAUGUGGAGCAGUUGAUCAUGGAUGCAGACCGACAACAAGACCCAUCUACAAUCAUCUGUUUCAUUCCGCUGGCGAGCCUCAAGAACUCUAUACAUCUGGCAUUCAGCCGGAAUUGGAAAGUGUGCAACACCCGAACGCUCCAAUACCAAGCCGAUUUCCUGGAGUGGUACCGGUACGAAACCAGCCCACUGUCGAGCUGCGCCUUAGUUGUACUUGACCAAAUACCAGACAUCAUGGCCUGCAGCGUGGAUCUGCCCAACAUAAGAGACAUUGUGUUGGCAAGAUCCACCCGAAAAUUGAUGUUCGAUCCCGUCAUGGGUCAAGUCAUGGAAAAUGACGUUCUCUACUCACGAAAAGAAAUGCAUCAUCAGAUAGGGUACUUCAGAAAGGCCCAGAAACCUGAGGAUGUCGCAUUCCACUGCAACUUCAACCUCGACGAGGCACUGUGUACAGCGCCUUGGAACCCAAACCCGACGACGGAGCAGAAGUCCGCCUUUGAAUGGUUCUACGCCUGCAUUUCCAAAUGGCCCGAUACUCCAGUGCGCGAAUGGCCAGUUAGCUUCCCCUAUGAUAGAACCCUUGCCGACAGCGUUGCCUCACAACUCCUGUGGCUGGAAGUCAUUGAACCAGGAGACAAAACAGCGAGCUUCAGGAUCAAAACGGGAUGGCCGAAGCUCAUCAGUCACUUCCUACCGGGCGGCGAAAUUGCUCCCGAAGGUGUAUUCUUCAACGCUGCACUAUUGUUUGCGGAUGUCUGCUCUGCCUUUCGAGAGAGGAGGCUGGGCGAAGACGAGACGAGAAUUCUGAUCCGUAUUGCGGCGAUCUUGUCUUACGGAAUAAAUUGGCCAAUGGACGCACAUCAAGACCUCGUCGUUUUCCUGGAUGGGGACGUGGUAUUCACCCAACGAAACCGCCUGCUUUUUUCUUUUCUACUUCCUGGCGUCUCAAAAAACAUGUACGACCAUGGUGCUCUUUGGAUGCUCUUGGGACUCUGGGAAUUAUACCGAAAAAUCACUACCAACUUCAGCUCGCCAGAGUUUGCGUAUGGAUCUGGAAUGGAUUUCAAGCACUGCCUGUUUCCUGGUCUGUUCGAUAUUCGACCAUCGGUGGCUGGUAAGAUCUGGAACCUGGUGCGUGUUGUCGAGGAAUCUCUGGGUCUCGAAGUGUUUUCCCCUACACAAGAUAUUCCUCUGCUCGAUCCUGAGCAACUACAACGUGUCGAAGUUUGCCUUGCUCGGGGAUGGCUUACCAACCUUCUGACAAUUCAGAAGGACCCCCAGGAUGGGGAAUGGCGGAGUGUCUGCAUCCUGAACAAACAUUCCGUCUGCCUGGAUAUAGCUAGUCCAGGGCCGGACCUCGACGCAUUGAAGCAGGACCCCAGGAACCAACGAGAGAGAAACUUCUUUCUCAUCUACAGGCACCUCAGCUGGGCAGAGUCGAGCAAUGUCAUUGUUGCCGAGUACCCGACGCGAAUCUCGAGAAGGGCUGUCGCUGAGGCCGUCGGACAUCGAUCGCUGUAUGAUUUGCAAUUGUAG